GCUAUGAGAAGUAAUUGCUGGGCAGGGCUUCUUCUGUAACGUCUUCAGCCAUGGGGCUGGGCUGUAGGUAUUUUGUGGGCUUAGUGCUGCUCUGGUCCCUGGGGCCAGCCCUUGGGCAGGGGGACUUCCGCAGAAUCAGUUUUUCUGUCUUGCCACGUGGAUAUGAGUAUGACUGUGGAGACUAUGGGAUGCAGCUGCUGGUCUUUCCUAGCCAGGGCCGCACCGUCCGCUUUAAAGUUGUGGAUGAGUUUGGGACUCCCUUUGAAGUUACAAACUGCUCCAUCUGCCACCACUGGAUCACAUCUGGUGAGAAAGGGGAGGUGAUCUUCUCGGCUGGCUACAAUGGCUGCCAUGUGCUGAGGCAGGAUGGCCAUAGCCACCUGAGGGUCCGAGUGGAGGAACUACUGAGCACCGGGGCCAUCGCUGCCAGCCGUGACAUGAACAUGACCUGCCCCAAGCCCACUGAACAUGACUUAACCCCAGAGGAGACCAUGCGCUACGUGCCGCAGCCGGGCCUGGUGCGCCCGGUGCCCGUGCCGCAGCCGGGCCUGGUGCGCCCGGUGCCCGUGCCGCAGCCGGGCCUGGUGCGCCCGGUGCCCGUGCCGCAGCCGGGCCUGGUGCGCCCGGUGCCCGUGCCGCAGCCGGGCCUGGUGCGCCCGGUGCCCCACAUCUAUCCUCCUCCAAGCAGCAUAGGUGCCCAUCUCACACAGGAGCAGUGCCGUAUAGUGGCUGGGAAGAUCCCCUGUGCAGACACCCCAGGCCAAGCUGCUUGCAUCCAGGCUGGCUGCUGUUAUGAUGAGACUGACCCUACUACCCCCUGCUAUUAUGGCAACACAGUCACUGUUCAGUGCCUUGUGGAUGGUCACUUCAUUCUGGUGGUCUCCAGGGACAUGUCUGAUCACCCCAUCAUCCUGGACAGUGUCAGGCUAGCCUAUGCCCAAACAGGAUGUGAUCCCAUCAGAAUGACAGAGGCUUUUGUGAUCUUCCGCUUCCCCCUCAUGCAGUGUGGCACCACGGUCCAGGUGAUCCAUGACAAACUGAUCUAUGAGAACCAGCUGAUCUCUGGUAUCGACAUCCAGACUGGGCCAGAUGGCUCCAUCACCCGGGACAGCACCUUCAUCCUCCAUGCUCGCUGCAUCUACAAUGCCAGUGACUUCCUGCCAGUCCAGGUGGAGGUCUUCUUGCCCCCCACACCUGCUCCAGUCACCCAGGCCGGACUCCUCCGGCUUGAGCUACGCAUUGCCACAGAUGUGAGCUAUGCAUCCUAUCUCACAGAGAGAGACUAUCCUGUGGUGAAGGUACUCAGGGACCCUGUCUACAUGGAGGUUCGCAUCCUGCAGAGAACAGACCCAUCCCUGGUUCUGGUUCUUCACCAGUGUUGGGCUACCCCAAGCACUAACCCCCUGCAGCAGCCACAGUGGCCCAUCCUGGUGGACGGGUGCCCAUUCCUGGGAGACAACUACAGAACCCAGCUUGUGCCCGUGGUCACUGCCUCAUCUGAGCUGCCCUUCCCAACUCACCACCAGCGCUUCAUCCUCUCCACCUUUGCCUUUGUGGACUCUGCCUCCCAGGUGGUGCUUGAUGGACAGGUGUACAUUUACUGUAGUGCCUCUGCUUGCUACCCCUCCCAGCUAGAGCCCUGCAGGACCACAUGCCCAUCAGCUGCUACCACAAGAGGCCGCCGGUUCCUGGAUGUCAACAAUGGGACAGAGCCCCAGGACCUGGUGAGUUCUCAUGGCCCCGUGAUCUUCCAGGAGAGCCCUGAGCCAUGGAGAGGACAAGUCUAUGAGAAAAAGGACCCUGUCUCCAGACUCAACCUGACCCUGGUGCUUCUGGCCAUGCUCUCACUGGUGGUUGUGGUUUCCCUCAUUACUGUGACACUCUUCCAUAGGAGAAGCAGCUGGAUGACAAGGUCCCAAAUAUUGCAUGGCAGAUAAUUGUAAAAUAAGGGUGGGGAAAAAUAAAAUCUCUGGAUUGCACUAA